AUGUCGUCUCUCCAACCGGUUGUGGGGCUCCCUCCACUGUCAGCCAUCGCCGCUGUUGACCCUAACCCGGCGCCUGCUUCCAGCUCCAUUGUUGGCAACGUUGCGUCGGUUAGCUCAUCCUCAACCAUUGAGUACCGAGAUGCACGCAUCAAAGAUCCAAUACCCAAGAAGCUGAAGGGCCACAAGGGCAGUCUCAGUGGCAACUUUGGCAUAAUACAAUUGGAAUUGGGUAGCCAUGAGUCGUCACUUGAACGUGAUGAACUUGCCAAACGUGCAAGCGAAAGCACGGAACUGGCUGCCAUGCGUGCCUACCAGAGCAACCACGGCACGUCCUCUACUUCCUCUACGAAGCGCUUUGUCCGUGUACCGGAUGAUCCUGGCGCCUGGGAUUCGUAUUAUGCCCCAACAGCCCAAACUUCUGGUCAACCGGCAUCUCCGGCGUCAGUACCUCAACCACUCAUGCCGGCAGACAUAAAGAGCGAACAGACUCGCCUUUUGACCCUACUCCGGGAUCUUUCUCCUGCUUCGGUCGUGGAUCAGAUUUGCAAGGCACUUUCUUACUUUGGGGGAACACCUGGUGCAGCGCCACCCUCUGACGGUAUUUUCCCUGGAAGUGAACUUGCAAACGGCCCUGGGAGCGCCUUUGUCGGUUGGAUAGCCGAGAUCUUUCCCAAGUUAGCCAACGAGGCGUCUACCACCUCAAAAUCCUUACGGAAGCCCCAUCCUUCUGGCCUUUCUGCACUCGCACCUGGUAACUUGGCCGAGACAGUCUCCGGCGCCGUUGCAGCCUCUUCCGCCGGGCUCAAGCCCAAUACAAAUCCUACCACGUCAACUGAUACGACCCAUAUUGUUCACCAAGCCACUAUCAUCGACGGCACCACUCCCUCCACAGAGAAAAGGCGGAGGGGAAGACCCAAGGGAAGCAAAGCUACCAAAGCGCGACGUGACAAGGGCAUAAAAAAAGGGCCAGUCAAAGAUCGGAAAGCUUUGGCGGCCGCCGCCGCUGCCGCUUCGGUUUCCUCGAAGGCACUGUCUACGGCCCAGGAUCCCCGCCUCGACCUUCAGACGACUUCGAUAGCCAAUGAGAAUCACGGGGAUGACAGCUGGGUUGACGUUGACGAUGACAACAUCCUAGAUGUUCCCACUUCCGUGGGGAAUGGCUUGUUUUUUUCAACAGAUACGAAUGCUAGCCUUCCUGCAGACUCGCAUCUCAGCUCAGAACUAGGGAUGAGGCAGGCUUCGGAUGUGAGACAGGAUGCUGCCAAGAUCGUUGAUUCUUUUACUGCACCAGGCUCUCUUAAGGAAACAGGAAAGAAGAGAGGAAGGCCAAAAGGCUCGAAAAAUCGCCCCAAGGCACCGGCGACGGACACAACGAACGAAACGCCAAGCGCAAGUGGUCCUGCCACCGUCACCCCAAUCCCGCCCCCGGUAGUGCCCGGCGCCCCAGUUACUUCGAAAUUGCCAAAAGCGAAGAAGCAGAACGCUUCCGCUGCAAAAUCCCCGACGCUUCUCACACAGACUGUGCAUACCGGGGCAAGCAAUAGCCAUGAAAUAAAUAUAGAACCUCAACAGCUGCAAGGAACUUACGACCUCCAGAGCGCCGCGGCGGAUGUCCAUCACAUGACGUUGGCACCAAGCGACACGCUUACUUCGGCAGUGAACAAGAGAAAAAGAGCCAAGGUUCCGAAGCAAGACAGUACGCCCACAGACUCAGCAGAGGCCAAUGCCUCAACUGACGGAGCGGUUAGCGUUCCAAAUUCUCGUAAUAGCAGUCACGUUGGCCACCAAUCAGAUCAUCUACACGGCAUGUCGAGACCACCCAAAAAACAGAGGAAAGUGAUUGACACAAGCGCGUCAGUCCAACCUGGUGUUGAUAGCAAUUCCUCGCCUGGUCCUGACAUUAUUUCAAGUAGUACCACCGGUGCUUUUGGACAGGCUGAGGCACCCUUAAGUAGUGAUACGUCGAUAAUGCCACCUCUCGAUUCCGGCACCGGGACAAACGGAGAAUUCAAUUCAGCCGCCUUUGAAGCCCUAUCGAACCAUUUAGAACACGAUGCUCCUGUAGCACUUCCAGGACAGCAUCAACAGAACCACAACGACGGCCUGUCUGCCCUCCGCAAUCAACAAAUACCAACGCAGAACACACAGUCCCUCCAGCAACCACCACUCGUCGCGCAGAAGACGAUAUCUUUGACUCCACAAUUCCAUACCUCUGAUCACAUUCAGGGCCUAGGAAGUGCAGCGAAACAUCAUUCGCAACAACAAGUUUCUCAACAGCAAGGGAUCCAGGAUCAGCCAGGACACCAAAUGCAGCAGCUGCACUCGCAUCAGCAUGUAUCUAACCAUACUGGCUCAUCUAUCUCCUCGCAGCACAGUUCCCAGUCGCAAAUGGCCGCAUCGCUGUCAACAGGCUCACUUGCAACUCAGCAGUUGCCACGCCCAGAUCAAGUCCCACAAACAUACUAUACACAGGGUAGGACAGCAAGAAACAGCCAGUUCAACCAAUCCCUUCCACAGCCACUGCAGCACCUGCAGCACCAGCAGCAACGUCAACCACAGGAGAAACAUCAUUUUGGUUCGCAAUAUCAAUCUCAAGGUCCCUACGCAUCCCAGCCACAGCAACACCAAUCAUUUGCGCCCCCACAGCGUCAAUCUUCCCAAAAUACUGGCUCGAGCUCUCCGGGAAUGUUGACCGAUAGCAACGCUCAUCGCUCGCCGCAGUUUGCGGCUCCAAAUGCCACUACCAUUCGAUCUGGGCACGGGGGGUAUGGGACCCAUCCUUCUGCUGGGACAAUACACUUUAAUCCUUCUACAUACGAACAGAAUCGGCGCCAAAGCUCAACCGCUUCGCCCUCCUUGGGCCACACAUAUGGUACGGCGGGGACAACAGCACAUGCAUUAGGCCACCAAGGCCCGCCUUCUUUUGUGAGCACACGGCCACAACACUCGCCGGGCGCGGCACACUCGCAUGGCGUGGGUGUUUCGCAAGGGAUGCAGAGCUUUCACGGUUUCGACAGCCCUUCUCUAUUCGACGGCAUCAGCCUUGAUACGACAGGCAGUGGUGGUGGGCUUGGAUUAAGUAGUCCAACCACUUAUGGCCUAGGCGGAAGCGUGCCCAGGACAUCCGGUAACAUGAGCGGGUUUGGACCCUCAUCCUCCGCCAACUCGUUUGAUACGAGUAUAGGAGGCGCUUCGAGGGAUCGCUUUUAUGAUGUCCGGCGAUAA